AAACGGAACACCUUUCUAGUUUUUAUGAAAACUGAAGAUUACUACAGGUUCCCUUUCAUGUUUGGAAGGGGAGGGUGAGGUGAGAGGUACUCAACUGCAACAUGCACCUUCACCACUCUAUUACUAAAUUUUUAUUAGUAAAAGUCACUAAAUUCUACACACUGCAACUUUAAAUAUCAGUUACAACAAUCUCUUGAUCUGCACCCUUAUCUGGAUCCAUACUAAAAUGUAAUGGGUUAUUUCUUAAUCCAUAGAGAAUCUUUUGUUUUGUGAUAAUCCAUCCGGUCGAUUUUGUGUAAUCAUGCUAACUAACAGACAAACAAACAAACACAGAUUUAGAGGUAAAGAGGCUUUUCUUCCCGUAUUUAUUUUCUGUAACUGAACCACAUGACCAACAGCAUCAACAGGACAAAUCAUCCGUCAUGUUGCAUCAAGCUUGUUUCCCUUCCAGACACAGCAGCUCACUCAGACAUGGUUUUGUACAAACCCUCCCACCGUCUAAUUCUAACCAGUCAGAUCAACGUGUCUUGUUGUUUUGACUGCAGCCGUUUACCUCUUACCAUUUCAUAACUCAUAAUUAUCUGUCCAGACCCAGGGCUCCGUGCAUGUAAACACAGGCAGGCAUGCUCUCAGCUCUCCUGACAGGAUGCUUGCUUCAUCCACAUUUCUCAAUGAGGAGGCUGAGAGCAUCCGAGAGUCUAAAAGACGAGCUGCUCAAGGGAUGUUUUCUCUCUCCGUCUCUUUUGUUCGUUGUCCCGCUGAAGCAUCAGCACGUUCCCUUUGUGAGUUCAGGGUUUCAAAGUGAGGAAGCUGCUCAGCGCUGCGCAGACAGCCAACUGACAGGAAGGAAGGAACAACUUCGACUGCUACGCCACAACUCAACAAAAACUCCUCUCCCCUUUUAUCUUCAGUUCUCCUUCAGAAACAUCAGACACUGGGCGUCUGUGGUAACAGACACUACAGGCUGGCAAAAAGGGGGAACUGGAGCUUAAGCAGCAACCCCCCCCUCCUCCACCCACAAUAUCCUCUUUUGGACCCAACCAGCCCCCGUUUUAAUGUUAUCUCUUUGGUUUUAGCGUGGCUCUCGUUCACACACAAACGCACGUGUGAGGAUGAUUGCCCGGACAGAUGGUGCUCAGUGUGUGGACUAGACGCUGAGACGAAGCUGAGAGGGACAGACUGCUCAUCCAUCAUGGGAUGCUGCAGUGUGACCCAGAGGCAUACUGGGGUGGACGAGGUGGGCCCCGAUGAGAUCGAGCUCCUGGAACUCUCUGGAGAUAACUUAGGGGUGUGGAGUCUGGGAGAAACCAGGCUGCAGUUGAGGAGGAGCAGCAGGGAUGAGCAGCAGCCGCAGCCGCCGCCGCGACCGCCGCCACGCUACCCUUCAGUACGACACCUGGCGCAAGAGGUGGUGCUGUGGGGCAGGAGCAGAGAUGAGCUGCACCAUAGGAUUUAUUCCCAGCAGCCAAUCAUAGGCUGGGAGGGUCAACCAGCCCACAUGUAUGGAGAGGUUACCCACUCCUCUCUGGUGUCUCUCUACAACAGCUACACACAGGAAACCAGCGAUCACUUCCUGGUGCUGUUCUCAUUUCACCUGCUGAUCCUCUCUCUGGACCACUCUCGACAGGACUUCAUCUAUCAGGGUAUCCUUCCUCUUUCUGGCCUCACCUUACAGGCUGUCUCCCUGGAAGCCGAGACGUCACACUCACCUCACAUGUUUGAGAUCAGCGGACCAAUGGUGGAUUCCAAGGUGUUCAUCUGUGACAGUGCUGCAGCGUUACAGACAUGGACGCAGCAAAUAGAAGACAGGAGAUAUAAGUCAAUGACACAACCCAUGAGUCCCUCUCACUGCGCUCUCUCCUAUCUAUUACCGUGUGAUAUGGGCUGGAAAAGAGAAGAACUGCUCAAAUACUUACUGCAAGCUCCAAUAUGGCAGUGGGAGGGUUCACCCAUACAGCACAUGGGUCAGCCAGGAUACAUAUCGCUCAUCCAUAUCAUCAACUCACAGAGACAGGGACGCCAAGAAAGACUGAUGGUUCUCUUCCCUCAAGACGUCCUGCUGCUGUCAGUGGACAACAAGCGGCUGAAUGUACGAUAUGAGGGCAGGUUGCCUCGACACAGCAUCAGAGCAGUGGAGUGCUCAGCCUUGCCUGGACGGCUGGAGUUUGAGCUGACAGGCGAUCUGGUGGAGCCUCUGCAGGUCUCCUGCACUUGUCUGGAGGAUUAUCAGAACUGGAUUUUUCAACUACAACAGCCGGACAGAAGCAGCCACAUUACCGGGAUUCAGGCUGCACCUCCAAUCCUGCCAAAGCUGCAGAGGAGCAGGAAGGAGUCCCAGGAGCCGAUGAUAAAAGCCGACCAACGUCACAUCAAUGGACGCAGCUGACUCACCAGAGAGUGAAAGUGCACUGGAACUAACUGUGUAGAUAGCUUGUACAUAUUACUUUUACAUCGAAUUUCUGCCACCGAGUUGAGAUGAAGAUGUUCUGGAAUGUUCUCACCCUAAUUUUGAUGUGUGAGGUUUCAUCACAGAGGAACUGAAAAGAUAAAUUUAGUUCUUUCAUGUGGGGACAAACUGAAAUGAGGCCAUGACCUGGAUUCUGAGCAGAUGUAGACAUUGUAGAGCUGUAUUGGUUUUAACAGAUACAGAACUGAUGACAUUACUUUUGAAGAAUAAACUGUUUAUAAAAAGA